AUGGAGAAGCCAAUGUCGCUGGACGACACCUCCAUACCGGGGAAACUGUUUUUACUCUCCGAGGAGGACGCUGCAGUCCGUCCAUCCAUCAAACCAUGGAAUCAGCGUCAUCCACAAACUGCCUUUCGAAUGGUAUGCCUCAUGGUGAUUUUGAUGAUAUACUGGCCUCUUGCUUUUAUCUUCCCUCGCUCCCCGUUUCAUUCUCAGAGCCCCAUUGCCGCCACAGGAAUAGAAGAACAGGGCAUUUGCCUCACACCUGAAUGCGUUCAUGCUGCCUCUGAAAUCUUGUACAAUCUUUCUCCGGACUAUAAGAAUAUCGACGCUUGUACCGAUUUCGAAGAGCUCGUCUGUGGUGGAUGGCGUGAUCGCCAUGAUCUUCGUCCCGAUCAAGGUGAUGCUUUUACUGGCACAAUCAUGUCGGAGACCUCCCAAACUUUACUGCGCCAUAUUCUCGAAUCUGAUUAUCCGGGUUCAUCAGCAGUAAGUUUUGACGAAAUCAAAUGUCAUCAUUUUGUUGGUCUGGAUAUUGACCAGCUUCAGCACUCUUCCUUCUCUCCAGUCAAUCUGGCAUCCCUGGCAGAGUCAGUGGAUGAAGAGAAUUUCGACAAGCUUAAAGCCGCUUAUGAUGCUUGUUUGGACGAGGACUCGAUUAGAAAGGCUGGGCUAGCGCCACUCGCCGAGCUUCUUGAUACUGUCAACCAUAUCUACCCGGCCUCGUGUCUGCGUUCUCAAGGAAGCUCAGAUGCCCUAUCAGAGGCUGUGAUCUAUCUGGCAAAACUAGGAGUCACCGCAUUGGUGGCAUCGGGUACUGGAGCUGAUGAUAGAGAUCCUGACAAGGUAGUUGUUUCUGUCUCGGCUCCCUACAGGAUUGGAUUGCCCGCCAAAGAAUUAUACUCCGACGACAAAGUCCUCGAGAAGUAUAAGGCGGUUGUCCACAAUGUAUUCGCGGCACUUUACCCGCAAAAACUCGCCCACAUCAAAGAGAGUACUGGCGCAGUGGUUGACUUUGAGAAGAAGCUUGCAGCGGCUUCGCCCGACGCCGAGGAUAGGGACGAUGUGACAAAAUAUUACAAUCCAAUGUCCCUCAAGGAGACCGACGCUCUUACUCCCGACCUUCAUAUUUCCAAGCUCGUAGAAAGCCUAUCACCCAAAGAUGUGAAGACGGACCGCGUGAUCGUCAUGGCGCCUCAAUAUCUUAAAGAUCUCAAUAAAUUGAUCUCGAGCACUCCAAAGAGUGUCUUCAAUACCUAUUUCCAAUGGAAAAUCAUUCAAGCGUUCUACCCAUACGUCGAGGCAGAUGCCCUCACACCAUAUCGGCGAUUUGUCAAUGAACUGCAAGGAAAGGAUCCUGAUUCAACUCCUGAACGGUGGCGAACAUGUGUCAACCAUGCGGAUGACGGGGUAGGCUGGAUUCUCUCGCGUUUCUUCGUUGAGAAGGCUUUCUCUGCCAAGGCCAAGGACCUUGGUGAUCAAAUCGUAUCGGACAUCAAGAACCAGUUUGUCAGGAAGCUCGAGAAGACAACGUGGAUGGAGGAGGAGGUCAUUGACCUCGCGAUCCGCAAAGUCCACAACAUCGUUCAAAAGAUUGGUUAUCCGACUAAGAGUCCCAACAUUCUUGAUCCGCCCAGUCUCCGCGACUACUACAAGGACGUCAAGAUCAACUCGUCAACCUACUUCGAGAACGCUGCAUCCAUGAGCACCUUCGAGGUCAUCCGCGAGUGGAGCGCCCUGGGCAAGCCAGUCGACCGAGACCAAUGGGACAUGACGGUCCCAACCGUCAACGCAUAUUACAACCCACCCGGCAACGAGAUCGUCUUCCCUGCGGGAAUCAUGCAGUUCCCUGUCUUCGACGUUGCGGUCCCGCAAUACCUCUCCUACGGCGCCUUUGGAUCCGUCUCAGGCCACGAGCUCUCGCACGCCUUUGACUCGACGGGGCGCCACUACGACCAGGACGGGAACUACACGGAUUGGUGGACGGACAAAACGGUCGCGCAAUUCAAGGGCAAAGCCGAGUGUUUCGUCAACCAGUACGCAAACUUCACGGUCGAGGGCUCCGACGGCAAACCGCUGCACGUCAACGGCCGCCUCACGCUGGGCGAGAACAUCGCCGACGCAGGCGGCCUCUCCGCAGCGUUCCAGGCGUGGAAGGAACGCGCGGCAGAGACCCCCAACCUGGGUCUCCCCGGCUUGGACUUCUUCACGCAGGAACAGCUGUUCUUCGUUAGCUAUUCGAACUGGUGGUGCGGCAAGUCUCGCAGGGAGACGGCAAUCCAGCGCAUCUAUACCGAUCCCCAUGCACCCAAGUGGGCUAGGAUUCUCGGCACCAUGGCCAAUUCGCGCGAGUUCAGGGACAGUUUCAAGUGUAAGAGCAGAGAGCCGGUCUGUGAGUUGUGGUGA